AUGGAACCAGCUGCUUCCUUGAACUUCUUCCUGCCAGACUCCCUUAUCUUCUUCCCUCUCCUCUGCGUGUUUGCACUGGUCUCAGCCCAGUUUACUGUGGUGGGGCCAGCUGAUCCAAUCCUAGUUAUGGUGGGAGAAAAUACUACAUUACAGUGCCACCUGUCACCAGAGAAAAAUGCUGAGGACAUGGAGGUGCGGUGGUUCCGGUCUCAGUUCUCCCCUGCCAUGUUCGUGUAUAAGGGCAGGGGAGAAAGAACAGAAGAGCAGAUGGAGGCUUACCAAGGAAGAACAACCUUUGUGAGUGAUGAAAUCAGCAAGGGGAGAGUGGCGUUGAUCAUUCACAAUGUCACAGCCCAGGAAAACGGUAUCUACCACUGUUAUUUCCAAGAAGGCAGGUCCUACGAUCAGGCCAUCAUGCACCUGAUGGUGGCAGGUCUGGGCUCUAUACCCCUCAUUGAAAUGAAGGGCUAUGAGGAUGGCAGCAUCCGGCUCGAGUGCACAUCUGUCGGGUGGUUCCCACAACCCCAUGCAGUGUGGAGGGGCCCUGCUGGAGAAGUCAUGCCCAACCUGGAGGAAAAUUACACUGCUGAAGAUGAUGGUCUUUUCACAGUCACCAUGUCUGUAAUCAUUAAAAACUGGUCUGUGAGGAAUGUGUCCUGUUCCAUCACCAACACCCUGCUGAGCCAAGAGAAGGAAACUGUGAUAUUCAUUCCAGCACCCAUAAUUCCCAGCACCUCUCACUGGAUGGUGGUCCUGGCUACCACCCUGCCAACUCUGAUCCUUCUCAUCCUCAUCACUGGGGGCAUCUGUUUCAUUCAAAAACUCCAGAGGGAAAAAAAGAUUCUAUCAUUGGAAGAAGAGAAUGAACAGAAAGACAAAGAAAUUAUAGAGAAACUUCAAGAAGAGUUACGAUGGAGAAGAACCCUCCUACAUGCUGCUGAUGUAGUCCUGGACUCUGACACCGCUCAUCCCGAGCUCUUCCUGUCCAAGGACUGGAGAAGUGUGGUACGGGGCCCCUCCAGGCAGAGUGUUCCUGAUAACCCUCAGAGAUUUGACUGUCGGCCUUGUGUCCUGGGCCGGGAGAGCUUCGACUCAGGGAAGCAUUACUGGGAGGUAGAAACAGAAAAUGUAAUGGUGUGGGCUGUGGGAGUUUGUAGAGACAAUGUUGAAAGAAAAGGGGAAGCCCCACUGGUUCCUCAGAAUGGCUUCUGGGCCCUGGAGAUGUUUGGAAACCAAUACCGGGCCCUGUCCUCCUCUGAGACAAUUAUUCCUGUGAAAGAGCACCUUCAUCGAGUGGGCAUUUUCCUGGACUAUGAAGCUGGCGAUGUCUCCUUCUAUAACAUGAGGGACAGAUCGCACAUCUACACGUAUCCCCGGCUAAUCUUUUCUGGGUCCUUGAAGCCCUUCUUCAGGCUGGGGUCUGAUGACAGCCCCCUUGUCAUUUGCCCAGCAUUCACAGGGGCUCAAGGGGUCACAGUGCCUGAGUGUGGCCUGAUCCUGCACAAGGCAGGGGCUCACCGCCGCCACCAGGAUAUAUUCCUUGGUCUCAGAGCUUUGUAG